AUGUAUUCUAGCCCAUUUUCCUAUUCCACAAAAGGAGGUUUCUCACGUGCUCUUGCUUCACCUAACAAGGCCCAAUCACCUCUUAGAUCAAAUAGAAUUUCUCCUUAUUCAAAAGAUCGAUUUGUUUCCCCAGCAAAAUCCCCAAGCCGUUCACCACUUCGUGAGGGAACAAACUCGAUUGUAGAUACAAGUGCAAAUAAAAGGCAGUCAACACCAACAACACCGAAAAAUCGUAGAGCUCCAAUUGCUGAAGAUAACAUUUUGGAUGCACCAGACGUUCAGAAGAGCUUACCAGUAAAACUUAUUGAUUUCAAUAAGAAUGGUGAUCUUGCAAUUGCUCUCGGUACCUCAAUCUACAUUUGGUCACAAGGCCAGGUUACUGAAUUAAUGAAUGGCGGCACCCAAUUUGAUGCAGUCAGCUGGUGUGAUGAAGGACUUAUUAUUUCUGGAAACGGAAAUAUUGAACUCUGGGAUGUUCGUCAACAAGUUGCAUUUUUCGCUUUUCAGAAUCAUGAACGCCGCUGUAGUGCUAUCAGCGCAUCAGGAUCUAUGGCUGCUACAGGUGGUGCAGAUGGCAUCACAAGAAUUACAGAUACUCGUAGCGGAGAUUUCCAGGAAUUGAAGCUGCAUUCUAAAUGUGGUGAAAUCAGCAGUCUUGCAUGGUCUUAUGAUGGCCGUUAUCUUGCUGCUGGUGCAAAUCAUGUUGUCGGCGUUUUCAAAUCGAAGCAACCUCAAUUAUAUGAAGCCUCAGGUAAAGUCCAAUCACUCUCAUGGACUCAAGGCGAUAUAUUGUAUGCAGCUGAUUAUGACCAAGGAAAUGUCCAAAUGAUCAGAGCUACAAUGAACUCAGUAUUAAAUCAAGUUGAUACGGGAUCACCAAUUAGUGGUCUCUGCUACACUGAUAGCUGGGGACUUGUUACAGCAAGUGCCGUAACUGGUGAUUGGUCAAUUUAUACACCACGUGAACUGAAAUUAAUUUCAGAUUAUCACGGACAUUCAGAUGGAAUUAUUAAUAUCACAGCAUGCGAAGAAAGAAAUCUUGUUGCCACAAUUGGCUUGGAUGAAACUCUUAGAAUUUGGACUUUGAAGGAGCCAAGAGGUCCACUUAAUUCUCCAUCUGUUGUUCGCAGACCUCCAAGCCCAUUUGGAAACUUCGGUAUUCGCUGA